AUGGUGGGCUUCACCGGGACCUCCCCCUCUGAAGAUGAAGACGAUGAUUGUGUAGACACUGAAAUGGACAGGCUCCCAGAGGCCUCUGGAGCUGACUGGGAUGCCAAGGGCCUGGAGAUUGCCACAGUGGCUAGGUGGGACCCCGAGGCCUCGGGAGCACCCACCCUGUCCUGUUGCUCCACAGCAGCAGCUUUCUGUGGUCCUUCCCCUCUGCCUGAGGCCUCAGACAGCACUAUGACUCACUGCUCCCAUGAGCAGUGCCCCUACCAGCUCCUCUCUGGAGAGCCCCAUAUUUCUGAAGAGUUGCUGGGCCUGAAGUUUCGCAUCUCCCCAGAUGCCUUCUUACAAGUCAAUACAGCCGGGGCGGAGGUUCUGUACCAGACGAUUGGGGAAAUGAUCAGAGCUCAUAAGGACACCGUUCUGCUGGAUAUCUGCUGUGGAACUGGUGCAAUUGGUCUCUCUCUGGCUGAACAAGUCUCCAAAGUCAUUGGUGUUGAGGUGGUGGACCAGGCGGUGGAAGAUGCCAGGUGGAAUGCGGCAUUUAAUGGUGUCUCCAACUGUGAAUUCCACAGUGGCAAGGCAGAGGUCGUGUUGCCCCAAUUGCUGAUGUCCUGGCCAGAGACCCAACCUCUCACUGCCGUGGUGAACCCAUCCCGAGCUGGGCUCCAUUACCGCGUGGUGCGAGCCAUUCGAAACUGUGAGGCCAUCCGAAGACUGGUAUAUGUUUCUUGCAAGCCUGAAGGAGAAGCCAUGAGAAAUUUCCUUGAGUUUUGCUGCCCGCCGGAUACUGGGAAGAAGCUAAAGGGAGAGGCCUUUGCUCCUGUCUCGGCGGUUCCAGUAGAUCUCUUUCCUCACACGUCCCAUUGUGAGCUGCUCCUGCUUUUGGCCCGUUGAUUGCCCCUCCAGCAUUCCUGGAACAGCUGGAGAGAAAAGGCUGCAUUCCCUGAUGAAAUUGCUGUGACAGCUAUUGAGCCUCAACCACCACGGAAGAAAAACAAAACAAGUUAUUUGUGCUGUAAUGUUUCCACCUGCAUGAUUCUCGUGUCUCUUCUUCAGAUAUUGCUGUCACAGUUUCCUGUGUGAAUAAUCAGGAGGAAAUUUGUUUGACUGCUUUGCCGAUACACCCAUUCCUGCCCAUUUCGCAGGGGUGAGCUCGCUUCUGCUGCUUGGACACAUCUGUGCUACUCCGCCGUGCUUUUCCUAUUGUCAGAUCUCAUCCAGUGCAAACGGCUUAGACGAUGAUCUACAGAUGAAAUCAUCCCACAUUUGAUUGGUCCUUUUGGACCAAUGUAAGCAUUCCACUUGUCGAACCAAAGUGACUCAAGCCCUGAUAUGCAAAUCAAAUAAGCGUACACAUGGUUAUUAAAAUCAUCCAGGUCUGAUGGAUAAGGCGGAGUGCAUUCUGCAUCUGGCCCAAGGACAUUUACAACCACAGCUGGAUGCAGGUGGAAAAAUAUUACUUUGCAAGACUGUUAGGUUUUUCCCCCACAAACUUUUGCCCUUUUUCAAGUUGCCAUUCAUCUUUUCAUAGGCAGGCUUCAGAAUGAAGGAGUGGAUCAGAUUUAUAUGUAUUUUAUAUCUUUUGUGAGUUACACAUUAUAAAUUGUGGGCAAGGUUCGUUUUCCAGUAUGGGCUGAUGUUCCAGAAUUUAGUGAAGACUGAUAAUCUGUAUUAUUUAUUCCUGCUCUAUAUUUUUCUUAAUCACAUACGCUUUACUCCCAAACACACUACUAACUGAUGUCCCAUUGAAAUCAACAGGCUUACUUCCAAGUAAAAGAUAUAAGGGACUGUGCAAAUCGCACUGAAGUGGAUGGGAGCCUGAAUGUGCUGGGCCCUUGUGCAGAACAUGAAUCAACAUACUGGAAGAUAACUUGUUUAAAAAACUAACAUCCUGUCC